UAUUACAGUAACAAAACAACCACAUGGAAAGAAGUUAGAGAGCAUCGAAAGUGCUGUCGUCUACAAAGACCUGUCACGUACAGUCGUCAAACGUCGUCAGUCGCAAAGGCAUUCGAACAAGCUAAACAAGAAAGAAAGGUCCAAGCCAAAAUAUUUACGACUGGUUGCCCAAAAAAGGAAUACAGGUACUCGUAAGGCCUACUCUGGUAAUAUCGUUUCAAAGGCUACCCCCACUCCAUCUGCAAUUCGUCACAAUACCAUUGCUCAGUCCAUUGCAAACAGAGAUUUUGCAUAUGAUGUGGUAACGCCAAAUAAAGCGUGGGAGUCUUGUUCCGUUGCAAAAAGAUCAAAAAAGGAAAACCAAGAAAAACAAAGCAACAAAAAUCUCGGGAUAAGCUCAAGGGAGAUUUUGAAGUCCAUUAAACAUUGCGAGAAAUUCCAGAUUUUGAAGGAUAUGGAUGUGGGAAAGCUAAAGAAGAUUGGACCACAGCUACAAUAUUUUGCUACACAGAAGAAUUUAUUGCUUGGUCAUGGUUCAUUUGGUACGUCUGUUUACGUCGGGAUCUUACAAGAUGGUAGCCAAGUUGCCGUAAAAAGGGUAUUGCGUGAAGCUGCCGAUGAGAAUGAAGUUGCUGUCUUGAGACGGAUAGACACAACGAGAUCGCCAUAUAUUCUGAGCUACCACCAUAUUCUCGAAGACGAAAACUUCAUGUAUUUAAUACUGGAUCUUUGUGAAGAAACAUUGAAAGAAUACGUAGAAUCACACAAUAUUCUUCACCUGCGAGAAGAAGGUCCGAGGAUGAUCAAGGAGAUCUUACUUGGUGUUAAAUUCCUUCAUGACCAAGGAAUCUUGCACAGAGAUCUGAAGCCAUCAAAUAUAUUGGUUGAUCUAAAAGGUCAGAUGAAAUUAGCAGACUUCGGAAUCAGCCGUGUUUUGAACGAAGAUGAAACAACAGUUAAAACUUUUGCGAAAGGAACACAGGGCUGGAUGGCUGCCGAAGUUAUACAAGCGGGUAAUGAAAAAAGAAUGGGACGUUAUAAGAAAAAAUCUGAUAUCCAAUCGAUUGGUAUGAUAGCCUUUUUCAUUUUAACUGGCGGUAGACAUCCUUUCGGAGCUACUCUGCAAGACCGUAUGACGAAUAUCUCAAAGGGAAAUCCAGUUAAUUUAGACGCACUUGAUGAUUAUGGUGACGCCAAACGGUUUGUGACAUUGUUGAUAAGUCAUGAUAUUGAUAGUCGACCUCAUGCGCGUGAAGCGUUGGAGCAUCCUUUUUUGCAAGGCAUAUAAAAAGGCUUAGGAAUUUUGAUAUAAUUUUAUUCAUUAUUGUAGCCAUAUAAGCAUAGAUGAUU